GUGCUAUGAGUGUUCAAAGCCGAUUGAAUUAUGGAAAUCCACCAAGUGCACUUAGUGAAAUGAGUGUCCAAAGCCCAUUCAGUACUGAGAGUCCCCAGGGUGACAUCAAUGUUCUAAAUCAAUCUAAUAUCUUGACCCCAAUUACUGAUGAUGCUCAUGAACACAGAUCAGCUCUAACUAAAGAAGUUGAGAGAAUCAAGCCCACAUUUCUUGGUCAGAGCGACACUGAAAGUCAAUCUGCAACAAGAUAUUCAAAGAUGGGAGAUCACCAAAAUGUCACAAGUCACCAGGAUACAGGAUAUAACAAGAGUAGAAUGGUUGGUCAGGUUUCUACUGGUUCUUAUUCUACACAGAGGAUUCCUGUGUCAUUGAACGUAAAAAAACCAAAAUUCAGGAAGACUAGUUUAAAACAAUCUAAAGCAUCUUAUUUGUUAAAUUACAUUCAUGAUGUAGUAGCUGUAGAUGCACGGUGGUUAGUAUUUGUAAGAGAGAAAUGUGUACAAAUCAAAUUUGACUUGCAUCUGAUCAAGACAAUAGAGAAGGCUAUGAGAUGUGUCACACUUACACCUGAUAACUGUCUAGCAUUUAUAAGUGGUAGUGACGAUGGUGAUGGUGAUGGUAAUGGAGUUAUUUGCAUCUACGCUCAAGAUGGUCAGCACAUCAAAGACAUCACCACACCAUUCACUAAUCUAAGUGGUAUUGCAUGUAAUAGUGAUGGUGAGUUAGUUGUUAGCGACACAUAUACUAAGACUAUAUCACACAUAAACUAUCAAACUGGCGAAAAGCUGCAUACAACAUCAGAUACAGAAUUGUUUGAUUGGCCUCAUUACAUUGCAGUAAGUAACAACAACAAUGUGAUUGUGUCCGAUAUGGGUAGAGACUGUAUCACAGUGGUGAGCAGACAGGGUAAGAAGCUGCUGCAGUAUGGUACUAUUGGAUCAGAAGAAGGACAGUUACACUCUCCACAUGGAGUGUGUUCUGAUGGGGAGCACAUCAUAGUAGCUGACUAUUGGAAUCAUAGAGUCAGUUUAAUCAGCUCAGAUGGGAACUUCUUACAACAUCUCCUCACUAGGGGUGAUGGACUGGCUGGACCUAUGGCAGUGACUAUAGGUCAUCAGGGCAAUCUUCUAGUAGGGGAUAUGAACGGACACCUCUUUGAAGUAGAUUACAAA